AUGGUGCGUGUUGUGGUCAAUAUCCAGGGAAUGCUGCCGAGUCUGAUCGAUGUUGAUGAUGGUCUCCUACUGUGGGCAGUUUGCUUGAUUGCAUGCUUGCUGAUUGCAUCCAGUAUGGUAGAAAUCCGCGCUCCCAUCAGGAGUGAGGAGAAAGCUUUUAGCCCACAAUUGCCCAGCGCUACACGUACUAGUGGUCCUGAAUCCAAUGACAUCAAGAGAGCCAAAACGAACCGUCGGGAAGUAACCUUUUCCAGUAGCGUCCAAGAAGUAGUCCCAUCACAAGGAGUGGAUGUCGAGAAACACAAGCAACAAAUUUGGUGGCGUUCGAAGGACAUCAAGAAAAUGAAAAGUGAAGCUAGCCUUAUCGCCUUCGAGCUCAAGGAGGCAGAACAGAGCCAUCUGACUCCGUUUUGCUACACAGCAACUAUUACGAGAAUCUUCGAAGCUUGCUGUGUUGUGGAUACUAGGGCAGUUGCUGAUGUCGAAGAGGGCGGCCACAUCAGCCCUGUUGAUCGCAAGUACCUGGGUCACUGGAUGACAGUAGGUACUCUACGAAUGGGUUUAGAGAAAAAGAUUGUUCGAUCAAUGGCAAAAGAUUGCACCGCGUUGAGGUCGCAGGUUAUUCAAUCUGUUCUGAAAGCACAAGAGGACUGCAAAGGAGAUGAAGAAGCUAUUCGGAAAGCAAGCAUAGAGCGAUCACGGCCCACGCAGUUGUUUGCUGUAGUGGUCGGGCAGUGUGUUGCUUCAAGCUGUGCCAGCGAACAAGCCAAAGAGAAUGCUAAGCUCAAAGCACUUGCAUCGCCUGCGUAG